AUGCUGAAACAGCCUUUAGCACCCAUUUCUAUUCUAAAAGAAAAACCAGCUAAGAAACACACUCUACCCCACGUCAAAGGAAAACCCCAAAUUCUCUACAAAUACAAGUCCUCUGCCCAAAAAAACAUCCUCCAAAAAGAGCUUAGUCCCGAAACAUUUUACAUCAAAAGUAUUGACUACAAAACUCUUUCAAAAUCUCUCCAAGCUUAUCUUGAAAUUUCACACAAAAAGAACAGCAUCAGACCCGAUAAAUUCGCGUACCAGGAAAAACAAUUUCCAAACCUCAACGAAAAGCCCCAAACGACCAAUGAGAAUCAAAAUGUAGCUGUGGAGAAUACUGACGGCUCAGACUUAUACUGUAUCUGCAAGAGACCGUAUGUCCAAGGAGAAAUCAUGUUCAAAUGUGAAGGUUUCUGUGGGAACUGGUAUCAUCCGGAAUGCAUCAACUUACACAAUAGUGAAAUUGAGAGGCAGUUGAAUAGUUCGGAAAGAUGGUAUUGUCCUAAUUGCAUGCAAGCUGCACUAGAAGUAGUCGAUGACUCAGGUUUAUCAAGAGAAAAUAGGAAAUCUAGAUUUAAAUAA